CGUCUGGUCGCUGGGUUGUGGCAGUAAGGUUUCGGAGGCGUGAGAAGACGACGAUACAGUACCACGGCACAUUCCGUGCUUGACUAAUCGUCGAUAUUCCCGCGGAUGCAGAAGGGGUUAUUAAGACAGCUUCUUUGUUCUUGAUUUGGCAAUCCCCGACCAUUAUUGUCUCCGGGGAAUUCCCUUUGUCUGUCCAACCGUGGGCAUGUUUACGGCAUGUGUGAGACGAGCACCCAGAGCUGUAUAAAAUCCAACCUGUUUACCAAGGUCCGCAUUUUAGUUGACAUUGUUGUGAUUCCACACUCGAUUACUAUGCGUUUCGCAGUCGCUCUCGUUGCCUUGUCUGCCGCCCUCUCCUCUAUGGGUGCUGGCCUCAUCUCCCGCCAAAGCCUGCCCUCUUGUGCGGAGCCGUGCAUUACCAACGCGAAUUUGGAUGGUUGUUCCGCCACCGACGACACCUGCUUGUGUAACAGCCAGACCUUCGUCAAUUCUGCUACCUCCUGCAUCGAGUCUGCUUGCACCGGCAGCGAUCUACAACAGGCAGAGCAAUUCGCGCAGUCUCUUUGUCUUUCUGUGGGGGUGACGCUGACCAUCGCCACACCGUCCGCAACAUCCUCCGCAACAUCCACUGCAACAUCUACGUCAACUACUCCAUCGGCCACCCACACAGGCAGUGCUACAUCGUCUUAUGGCGUCAAUCCACUCGCAGCGGCUGCCGCCGUUCUCGGCGUUGGUCUUGCCCUCUAGACUGUUAGAGCUUGUCAGGUUACUACCUGCUGCUUCGAAUCAUUGUCCACACAACUUCCCCAUUUCGUUUUCCUUGUGGCAUAUUUCGGAGCAUCGUCUUCUGGUGUAUUUAAUUUACUUUUGGGUGCUUCGUUGUAACCGUGUAGCCAUUUCGUCCUUAAUGACCAACCGACCAUCUUACGAUGGUGUUUUCGUGCCAUGGCAACGUCUUGAGGUGGAGUGUGAACUUAAUGUGCCAGCAGAGAUGAAAAGCGGAGAUGACUACCAUUGUCGGUCGACAGAUGGUAGGCUGCGGGUGAUGUGUUUCACUACAUGGCGAGACUGGCUG